AUUAGAUUGUAACGACCGGAUCAGAAUACGUGAUACGCUCCUAGUUGAUGAAAUAUCGUCUUAAACCCUAACUUCUCACAAAACCCUCGGAGGGAACUGGAUUUCUCAGAUUUUGGAGUUCGUUAUCCUGAGCUUCUGCCGGCAAAAUGGCGGCCGCGGUAAAGGAAACCGUCCAGAGAUUCACCGCCGAGACCCUCAAAGCCGCAAGCAAGCAAUCCACAGGAUGCUAUGUCGUCCCCCUCCGCCUACGACGAGCCAUCAAAAAGUAUAUUCGAGAUCAAGAAGAUCAACACAUGAAGAGGAAGGUGUUGAGGUUGUCAGAAUCCUUCAAUUCUAUCAAGGAUGUUAAUUUGCAGUUAGCUGCAUCAACAGCUAGGGAGCUAAUUGAAGAUCCUCUUAAGUAUGUUGGGAGUUCAAAGAGAUGGAAAAUUAAGAGCAGCUAUGGUGAUAUUGGUCUUAAAUACAGAGAUGACCAAACAAUUGCUUAUGUUGCUUCUCGGAUGCCUGCUGUUUUCUCAGCUUGCCAUAGAGUCCUUACUGAGGUUAAAAGAAGGCUACCUGGUUUUUCACCAACCAGAGUAUUGGAUUUUGGUGCUGGUACUGGUUCUGCUUUCUGGGCAUUGCGUGAAGUAUGGCCAAACUCUCUUGAAAGAGUUAAUUUAGUUGAGCCAUCACAGUCUAUGCAACGAGCAGGUUUAAGCCUUAUAAAAGAUUUGAAGAAUUUGCCACUCAUACAAAGCUAUGGUAGUAUACAAUCACUAAGUCAAAACAUAAGCAAAUCUGAAAGAAAACACGACCUUGUCAUCGCUUCUUAUGUACUUGGGGAAAUACCAUCAUUAAAGGAUAGAAUUACCAUUGUACGCCAGCUGUGGGACCUUACAGAAGAUGUUCUGGUUUUAAUGGAACCCGGAACACCACAUGGAUCAAAUAUCAUAUCUCAAGUGCGAUCCCACAUUCUUUGGAUGGAGAAAAGGAAAACCCGCAAAUUAUCAAAGGCAUCUAAUCAAGAAUCUAAAGAUCUGAUGACACACAAAUGUGGCGCUCAUAUAGUAGCUCCAUGUCCUCAUGAUGGAGCAUGUCCAUUGGACAAUACUGGAAAAUAUUGUCAUUUUGUUCAACGUUUGCAGAGGACAACAUCACAACUUGCAUACAAGCAAUCAAAUGGUGUCCCUUUACGUGGAUUUGAAGAUGAAAAAUUUUGUUAUGUUGUUUUCAGACGAGGUCCCCGACCCAGCCAAUCAUGGCCACUUGAUGGCAUGAAAUUCGAUACAUUAAAAGAACAACAACAUGCUAAUAAAAUCAACCAUGAAUCUCUCGAGAUUGAUUCCGAUGAUGGAUUUGAUUCAGAAUCCGAGGACACUAUUACCAUUGAUGAUAAUAAUUCUAAAAAGAUGAUCAAGUAUGAAUCCGACAUUAAUGAACCAUACGCAAGUUCUGAAAACGAGGAAGAACUGGGAGAUGAAAAUGAGUCGACUCGGGCCGACCUCGGAGGCGGUUGGGGUAGAAUCGUCUUUUCACCUAUAAAGAGGGGUAAAAGGGUUGAAAUGGAUGUUUGUCGAGCCGCGAAUCGUGAAGGUUCCGAGGGUAGUUUCGGAAGAGUAAUUGUUACAAAAAGUAACAACCCCACGUUACACCAUCAAGCUAGGAGAUCACUGUGGGGUGACCUCUGGCCUUUCUGAGUUCUGACCCUUUACAUGACUUGUACCUAUCCUAAAAGAGUGCUUCAUAGAACGUACAAGUUUUAAUGCAUGGACAGAAGAUAUACUUUAUUUUUUUUAAUUUUGAUUUUGGAAAAACUACAAAGAUAUAAAGACAAAGAAAAAGAAAAAAAAAAAAAACCUUUUAGGCUAAGGUAGCAGAGUAUGGUCAUUCGGCUAUGGGAUCCAGUUAUUUAUGUAGUAUUAUUUUUUUUUUUAUUUGUUGUCAGAAUUUAAUGAUGUUGAUGAAUACUACACAACAACAACAAUAAUAAUAAUUUAUGUUAUGUCGUGA